AUGAUCGAGACCGAGACGCCGGUGCUCUGGUGCGUGGACGAGCUGAACGUGGCCACGCGUCGCGGUCGCAUCGUGCGUAAAGUACGAGAGCGCUAUCUCCGCGACGAUCUGAGCUGCUCGCUGCCCAGCUGCUCGUUGUGUAGCACCGACGAUGACGUGACAGCAGCCACGCACGUGAUGGGUACAAUGAAGACGCUACUAGCUGAGUGUCCACGAGAAGGGGUGUAUCUGUUGCCGUCAAUGAAGACGGUGUUACUUCAGAUGGACGUGCUGGAGUUUUCGUGCAAGAAAAGGACGCACGUGGACACGCCCGAGGUCUUUGCCGAUGUCUUGAUCUUAGAGACUGUGUGGGAAUACGUCAAGCGCCAGGACUUGGGCGUCUACAAUCGCCUUCGCGCGUUGCUCCUGAACGCGGAUCGCCGCUUUGUGGUGUUUGCUAAUGAGCACCAUCAGUCGUGUUUUGUCCAGAAGAAACAGAUGUUGCCUCAAGAGUACACGGCGGACUCGGAGGUGAUGGUAGCUUACGAGACAGAAGACGAGCGAAAUGAACGAGCGGUAGCCACUGCUUGGACGUGGUACGCCAAUCAUUUGAAAGAGCUCGAGCGAAACGACAAGGUCCGAGUCCAGUUCGUGGCCAAUGACGCGGAGGACUUGAGAAAUGCGGAAAAGUACGGCGUUGCAGGAGGAGUGACGAUAGCAGAGUUUCUGACGCCUGUGGCCAGCGAAUUUCCUGAACUAGUCGAUUUGCUCUCGGCCUCAGUGGCGGCGGCAGAAGACAAGAAGCUUACAGCUGAAGGAGUGAGCAGCACAGGAGGAGGUGAUUGCAAGAAGAAAGUGUAUCCCGAGCAUUUGCCGGUAGCGGAAGUACUUGCUGGGAUCACAAAUAAGAGGUUGUUUAAGGGCACCAUUCGAUGCAAUCGGGACUUUUGGCUGGAGUGUCAUGUGUUGAUUUGUGGAGAGAAUGGGGUGAAGAUGCCAGUGUUGGUGCAAGGUCGGGAACACAUAAAUCGAGCGAUUGAUGGAGACUUGGUUGCCAUCGAACUGUUGCCGAAAGAGCAGUGGAAAGCUUCCUCGACUUCGUUUGCGGUGAAUGACACGUCUGUCGCGGCGGAUACUGAAGAGUGUGAUGACGAUAAAGAGAGUGAGCAACCUCCAUUGGUUGGAGUUGCUGAACCUACGAUAUCGCCGGAUCAGCUGACACUGGUGCAGAACGAUGCUGCACAGAAUGUGAAGCCUACUGGGCGUGUUGUGAGCAUCAUUCAACGCAACUGGCGCAAGUAUUGCGGAUCGCUGGAGCCGCCACGAGAUGGGGCGGCAUUUAACGCAUCUGGAAGCUGUCUGGUAGUGCCUGUGGAUCGGAAAGUGCCCAAGAUUAUGAUUCGCACACGACAGCAGGUAUCGCUCAUGGACAAACGGCUAAUAAUAGCAAUUGAUUCGUGGCCCUCGGACAGCAAGUUUCCUUUGGGCCAUUAUGUGCGCACGCUUGGUGUCAUUGGUGACAAGGAGACAGAAACGAACGUGCUGCUUAUCGAGCAUGGCAUCCCGUGCGACCAGUUCAGUGAUGAGGUGAUGCGCUGUUUACCGCCGGAAGACUGGAAAAUUACACCUGAAAACUCAAGAGGACGUCAUGACUUUCGUGACUUGGCAGUUAUGAGUAUUGACCCACCUAACUGUAAGGAUAUUGACGAUGCGCUGCAUGCAAAACUCCUGCCGAACGGAAAUGUACAAGUUGGAGUGCACAUUGCCGAUGUGACACAUUUUGUAGCGCCCGGUAGUCCCCUUGACGAAGAGGCUGCUGACCGUGGAACAUCAACGUACCUUGUUGACCGCCGCCUCGACAUGCUUCCGGGAUUGCUGACGACCAAGCUUUGCUCGCUCACAUCUACGGAAGACCACUUUGCUUUUAGCGUGCUGUGGGAGAUGCAGCUGGUCGGUAAUAAAGAAGUGCGGAUCAUCGACGUCUCAUUUUGCAAGAGUCUUAUUCGCUCGGUCGCGUCGCUUUCGUACCAGCAGGCGCAAGAGCUAUUAGACGAUCCUAGCGCUGGUGGUGUGUUUGGGCAAGACGAGAAACUGACAACGACGAAAAAGGUCGAAACUGAAGAGGAGUUCGAGCGUCGCCAAGUGCUGGGAAGUGGCAUUAAGACACUACAUGUAAUUGCAGCACGCCUGCGUGCUAAGCGAAUUGAGGCGGGAGCUUUGACGCUGGCUUCGCCUGAAGUGCGUUUUGUGCUUGACACGGAAACGCAAAAUCCAUUGGAUGUGCAAAUGUACACCCUUCGUGAUACCAAUGCUCUUGUAGAAGAAUUUAUGCUUCUCGCAAACAUCACAGUGGCAAAGAAGAUUGUGCGUCAUUUUCCGACCUUUUCGAUGCUCCGACGGCAUCCUGCACCUUCUAAACGCCAGUUUGAUCUGCUUUGCAGUCAGGCAAAAGCGAUUGGUGUUGAAUUGCACGUGGAUACAUCCAAGCAGCUCCAAGAUUCGUUAGACGCCGCUGACGUGCUUACUGGGAACGAAGAAAGCGGUACGAAUGGCAAACGGAAGCAUCGCCAUAAGUCAAAUCCGUACUUUAACAAGUUGCUGCGUAUCAUGACUACGCGCUGUAUGAUGCCGGCGAGCUACUUCAGCUCAGGUGAGGUGGCGCCCCCGGAGUACCAUCACUAUGGUCUAGCAGCGCCUAUUUAUACGCACUUUACGUCACCGAUUCGACGUUACGCCGACGUAGUUGUCCACCGCUUGUUGGCCGCUGCCAUUGGGGUUGCACCGCUUCCAGACUACCUUGAGAAUAAGGCCCAUCUGCACGAGAUCAGUGACCAGCUCAACCGGCGCCACCACGCCGCUCAACUCGCCGGUAGAGCCUCAGUGACUCUGCACACAGUGCUGUAUUUUAAGCAGUAUCCCACACGUACGGACGCCGUGAUCACGAAGGUCAAGAACAAUGGCGUGGGAGUGAUGUUGCCCAGUUUCGGUAUUGAGGGCAUGAUUUUCCUCUGUGACAAGGGAGAGCAAGAUGACGAGGGUGUCGUGCGCUAUGAUGCAACCUGCCACUCGCUCACGUUGGUUCAGAAGAAUAACCGCAUGCUGCAGGUUUUUGACCGUGUGCGUGUCAAAGUGCAUGUAGCUCUUGGUUUCGGUAACCGCCAGGAAGUCAAAAUGGACUUGUUGGACGAAGAUGGCGAAUCAGACGACGAAGUGGAGGGCAAGUGUCAAAAGGAAGCAAAAGCUGCAGUUUUCAAGAAGCGAAAGGUAGCCGGUUAA